AUGGCGUCCGCUGGAGCUGGUUGUCUGCGGAGGACGGCUUCUGCGCUGCUGUUCCGGAGCCCACGCCUGCCCGCCCGGGAACUGUCAGCCCCGGCUCGGCUCUAUCACAAGAACGUGGUUGAUCAUUAUGAAAAUCCUCGAAACGUGGGGUCACUUGAUAAGACCUCGAAGAAUGUUGGGACCGGAUUGGUGGGGGCUCCGGCUUGUGGUGAUGUAAUGAAAUUACAGAUCCAAGUGGACGACAAGGGGAAGAUUGUGGACGCCAGGUUCAAGACCUUUGGCUGUGGCUCUGCCAUCGCCUCCAGCUCCUUGGCCACCGAGUGGGUCAAAGGGAAAACGAUUGAAGAGGCCUCGACCAUCAAAAACACCGACAUCGCCAAAGAGCUCUGCCUGCCUCCUGUGAAACUGCACUGCUCCAUGCUGGCUGAAGAUGCAAUCAAGGCUGCCCUGGCUGAUUACAAAUUAAAACAAGAGCCCAAGAAAGAGGCAGAGACGAAAUGA